AUGCCAUAUAAGGCUACACACGAAAAUGGGACAACAUCCCUUGCACUCCUGACUCCUAAAGCUGCCAAAAGGGCAGCAUCAAGCCCAAUAAAUGAUCUAAAGCCGAUCAAGCAACCAAAGAUACAGGUCUAUGCCGAGUUUGGAGAUCUAGAAUCAUUAUUGUCAUCGAACAGAUGCGGAGAGCUUCUUGUUAUCAAGGACUACAUGCUUUUGGAGGUUUCAUUUUUUCUUCAAAGCUUUAGGGAAUUCAAGUACAAUAUUGCCCGAAACCUUGCCGGGGCCCUAAUUCAGACUGAGCCCCAAAUUAUUCUUAUCCUGAAAGUUGAAAUAUAUGGCAGAGAUCCGGCCGAUGACCCCCAUUCAACUUCAUUGGCGAAGCCGAUAUUAGAUGUUAAGGAAGUCACAACAGUUAACCACGAUAAUGUUGUCAAGUUAAUCAUUGGGACCUUACAGUGGAACGCUCUUAUCACCGGGUCUAUCGAACUGACAUCAGGGACAAUUUGUGCUGGAGCAAACAACUUCUCUGCGAGGCGAUCUCCUCAAGCAAUCAUUUGGGGAAGAAAUGACUGGGAGCAUAACCAACUGUCUUUACGACAACUAAAAUCAAAGUUUCACAGGAAGGAAACUUACGAAAGUUGUGCUGCAAUUUUCUACCCCUUCAAUAACUGGGAGUGCACCCCAGUUAAAGUUUUCAGCUUAUGGAGUUACUAUUCAGCCAAGUCCGCGCAAACAGGGACGAAAGCCGCAGCAGAAAUAUUCAAUGAGAUUUCACGGUCGAGAUCAAGAUCAAUCAAAAAGAAAAAACUGGAGGAACUCCUCCGUUACGAGAAAAGUAGCGACGCGCUGAAAACUCAGGAGAUUAUUGGGGACCUGUUGCAUUUAAUCCCGAAAGAUGAAAAAAAAUUGAAACUGAUUGGGAAUUUCAAAGCAUCAAACCUUCUCAUGAAGCUUGCGAACACGCUGUGCGACACGAUUAGAAGCAAUAACCUUGGGAAAGUUGUCUCAAAUAUUCAAGAUAUUGUGGAGAAAACACUUGACAAAAAAUCAACGAUAAAAAAAGAGGCCUGCGGAGCAAAAUGA